AUGCCAACAAUCCCACCAGAGUCCCUGCAGGCCGAAUACCGAUGCCCAACUGCUGCGUUGCCAUGGCAUCAUGGUUUGUCGCCGCAUCGGUUGAGCAUCGAUACUUGUGGUCUUGUAUUGCACCCAUGUAUGCAUCGAUUCGGUGAACUCUGCAACCAUUCGCCCUCGUCUAGUUAUCCCUCCUUUCGAUGGACUGUCUAG